GACCUUGGCUCCUUCCCACAGGUUCCCGGCGCAACCGUUACUCUCGUCCCACACAGCCCUGAACUCGACGAGCUGUGGGCCAAAUCACACGUCUUGUGCUAUGGCGCCGACUCUCACAUCAGACCUCUAGAACAACAUGAAGGAUCCGCCAGCGGAGAGGGAGCAGUUCCCAGUUUGCAAGGUCGCCGCAAAUGACAAGCAGAGACAGCUGAUUGCCGACGAAUUCGAGAUCCUUCGCGACCUUGGCUCAAGCGCUGCGCCUGUUGUCCAGGUGCAUCCAGAGCCGCUUGUCGACGGGAAGGGCAUCUUUGGGUUUAGAAUGGAGAAGCUCUUGGCCAUCGGUCUGGACAUGGCAAUCGAAAAGAGCGGGUUGGUCAAAUGUCUUGAGCAGAUACACGAGAAGGGAAUCGUUCAUAAUGAUUUCCAUCCUUUGAAUGUCAUGAUGAAUGCCCAAGAGCAGCUUGUGGUCAUCGACUUUGCGUGUUCUGGACGCGUGGGGAGCACGAUCCCUCCUGAGAAACGAGCACCGUGGUGGUCGGCCGAGGUGUACUCGUUCGAAGCUGAUCAUAUUUCUUUGAACAAGUUCUUCAAGUUUUCUGCUUGUGCGUUAUUGAGGAUGGGACAGCUUGCAACACAACUGACUUGUUCUCUCAGGAUUCCGUCAAUAUUUCGAAAGCUAUACUGCGACGUCCUGACCUCGGUGAACCUGGCCGCUGGUACAGUACUGUAGUAUCGAACGGUACUAUCGCAUCACCAUUACGAGUUAACAACUUUGGCUGUUCCUUACCUUACAUGACAGGAGUGGCGUAUGUUGGCUGGAUCGUCGUGCUUGCUACUCGCCCUGUGUUGCAAAGCAUAGGGUACCUACCUGGGGAGGUAAGGACCUCAGAUUGCGAACCCUACUACAUGUCACCGUACAUUGAUGUUGGCCCCUGGGAUGCCCAGGUGGUCUGCUGCUGCGUCUGAA